AUGGAUCUCAUGAACCUUACAACUGUCAUCGACACUGGGUUUUUGGAUGAGGCUCCGUCGAGCCGCGUCCUAACUGGCUGUUUCCUGUCGCUGCUCAUCCUCACCACCUUGCUGGGAAACACACUGGUUUGCGCCGCCGUCACCAAGUUUCGGCAUCUGCGCUCCAAAGUCACCAACUUUUUUGUGAUCUCGCUGGCAGUGUCGGACCUCUUGGUUGCCAUCUUGGUGAUGCCGUGGAAGGCGGUGACAGAGAUCGCUGGGUUCUGGCCGUUCGGUUCCUUCUGUGACACCUGGGUGGCUUUUGACAUUAUGUGCUCCACGGCGUCCAUUUUGAACCUUUGUGUGAUAAGCUUGGACCGCUACUGGGCCAUCUCCAGCCCCUUUCGCUAUGAGAGGAAGAUGACACCCAGAGUGGCCUACGUGAUGAUCAGUGUGGCCUGGACGCUGUCUGUGCUAAUUUCCUUCAUCCCGGUGCAACUCAACUGGCACAAGGCCCAAACUAAAUCUUACACGCCUCUCACUGACUCCUCUGGCUCUUCAGGUUUCAAUGCUACAUCUUAUCGCAGCACAGAGAACUGUGACUCGAGCCUGAACAGGACCUACGCCAUCUCCACCUCUCUCAUAAGCUUUUACAUCCCUGUGGCCAUCAUGGUGGCCACCUACACCCAGAUAUACCGCAUUGCCCACAGACAAAUCAGGCGGAUCUCCGCCCUGGAGCGAGCGGCUGAAAGUGCCAAGAACAGACACGACAGCAUGGGUGGGGCCUCCAGCAUCGCAGAGUCUGAGAGCUCUUUCAAAAUGACGUUCAAGAGGGAGACCAAGGUGUUGAAGACGCUGUCCGUGAUCAUGGGGGUGUUUGUGUGCUGCUGGCUCCCAUUUUUCAUCCUCAACUGCAUGGUGCCCUUCUGCGAGCAGUCGAGCGGAGAGCAGGCUUUCCCCUGCAUCAGCCCCACCACCUUUGACGUGUUCGUGUGGUUCGGCUGGGCUAAUUCCUCCCUCAACCCCAUCAUCUAUGCCUUCAAUGCAGAUUUCCGCAAGGCCUUCUCCAUCCUGCUGGGCUGCCACAAACUGUAUCCAGGAGGCCACAACAUAGAAACGGUCAGUCUAAACAAGAAAUGA